CUCUUUUAUCCUCUGAGCCGAUCAGAAUCCCUCACUAUGGAGUCAUGGAAUCUACUCGUACCAUCUCCGAGUUGAAGUCGUCAUUUAUCAGGGCGCAAGUCCGAAUACUAUCCGAAGGCCUUGAGCCGCCCGAAGAUUGGCGAAAUUAUGCCGCUGAGACCGAAGAGGAUGAUCUUAGUGAUAAGGUGGUCGGUGAUGUUCUGCAAAAGUUAAACGCCGCUUUGAAACAACACAGUCGCAUCGUCUAUUCCUCCCAAGCGGUUCAACAUGUCGCCCAGCAAAUCACCAGCCUAUACUGGUCGUCGGUGACCCAGGCAAUACACAACCCAGGGUCUCUGAUAAAAGGGGUGGAGAGAUCGGUGGAUCUGUCCAGUCAUAUGAAUAUCGCGCAACUCCCAUUGGAGCUAGAAGACCAAUCCGCGAGCGAAGAACAGCGAGCUAGAUACCAAGAACUACGGGAGCGUCUUACGGACCUGGAUCGUUUACGGCAACAACGACAACGGCGCCUGGAUCAAUUACGACAGCUGCAGCAAUUACUGGAGCCGUUCCGAGAACCGCAGAAGCAUAUCCAGCCUAAUCUGGUGACGAGAGAUGGCGAGCUAGUCCAGGAGUUAGAUAAGAUGAGGAUGCUGGUUGCGCGAGUUGGCGGCCGAGUCGAACAGGGGAAAAAGAAACUGGGCGCUCAGGAGCAGGACAAGCCGUAUCUGGGGUGCGACCAGAAACUAGAUGCCUUAUUGGACAUGACGUGAUGACAAAUAGAGAGAAA